CAGACACACUCCUCCACGUCGCAGCUGGACAGAAGCCUGAUGUCUGUGCAACCAGCCGGCAGGCCAUCACUGUUACCUCUCUGUCUCCCCGUCUCUGCAAUUGGUCUUCAUGUUAAUUCUUGAUAGAGCACCCCGCCACACCGGAUAGAGCUGCCUUGGUCCCGUUGGUCUACGAUGGAGCGGCUGUGGUUGUCCUUACUGUUCCUGGCCGUGGCCUGCAAGGGCCAGCCCUGUCCCAAGCGCUGUAUGUGCCAGAGCCUCUCUCCGUCACUGGCCAUCCUCUGCUCCAAGACAGGGCUGCUUUUCGUGCCCUCGGCCAUCGACCGGCGCACCGUGGAGCUGCGACUGCAGGAAAACUUCAUAACAGCGGUCCGAAGGAGAGACUUUGCCAACAUGACAAGCUUACUCCACCUGACUCUGUCCAGAAACACCAUCAGUCAGAUCCUCCCCUCAGCCUUCAGCGACCUGCGCCGCCUCAGGGCUCUCCACCUGGACUCAAACAGGCUCACUGUGAUAAAGGAUGACCAUUUCAAGGGGCUGACCAACCUGCGCCACCUGAUCCUGGCCAACAACCAGCUGCACUCCAUCUCCCCGCACGCCUUCGACGACUUUGUGACCACGCUGGAGGACCUGGACCUGAGCUACAACAACUUGGCACAGGCGCCCUGGGAGACGGUGGGGCGUCUGACCAACGUCAACACCCUCAACAUGGACCACAACCUCAUUGAGAACGUCCCCCAGGGGGUUUUCACCAACCUCCACAAGCUGGCAAGGCUGGAUAUGACGUCCAACAAGCUGAAGAAGAUUCCCCCAGAUCCACUGUUCCUGAGGAUCCCGGUUUACGCCAAGUCUCGGGGCUCCCCGCUGUCGUCGCUGGUGCUGAGCUUCGGCGGGAACCCGCUCCACUGUAACUGUGAGCUGCUGUGGUUGCGGAGGCUGACCCGCGAGGACGACCUGGAGACCUGCGCCUCCCCCGACGACCUCAGCGCCAAGUACUUCUGGACCAUCCCCGAGGAGGAGUUCAUCUGUGACCCACCGGUGCUGACCCGGAAGUCGCCGCGCACGCUGGGCCUGGAGGGCCAGCCCGCCAGCCUCAAGUGCAAAGCCAACGGUGACCCCGAGCCUGAGGUUCACUGGAUAAGCCCUGAGGGGAGACUUAUCUCCAACAGCUCUAGGACCAUGGUGUAUCCCAACGGAAGCCUGGACAUAAACGUGACGGCCCUGAAGGAUUCUGGGAACUUUACGUGCAUUGCAUCCAACGCGGCGGGCGAGUCCACGGGGCGCGUGGAGCUGGUGGUCACCGCCAUGCCGCAUUUAGCCAACAGCACCAGCCGCAGCAGAGACCCCUCGGCCGAGCCCGCCCCCUCAGACAUUCUCAUCUCCUCCAAGGCCGUGCUGCCAGGCAACGACAGCCGGGGGGCCGAGCGAAGGGUCUCUCUGGUGGAGCUGACGGGGAACUCGGCUCUGGUCCGCUGGAACAGCCAGAGCCUCACGUCGGGCGUGAGGAUGUUCCAGGUCCAGUACAACAGCUCCGGGGACGACACGCUGGUGUACAGGAUGAUCCCGUCCAGCAGCAACGACUUCCUGGUGCGUGACCUGGCGGCCGGCCGGUCCUACGACCUGUGCGUGCUUUCGGUGUUUGACGACGCCGUGACCUCGCUGACUGCCACACGUCCGCUGGGCUGCCUGUCCUUCACCACGGAGACUGAGUUCAGCCAGUGCCAGGCCCUGCACAGCCACUUCCUGGGCGGGACUAUGAUCAUCAUCAUCGGCGGGAUCAUCGUGGCGUCCGUGCUGGUGUUCAUCAUCAUCCUCAUGAUCCGCUACAAGGUCUACAGCAACCAGGGCGGCGGCAGCGGUGGCGGGGAGGGCAAGGCGGCCAUGUCCCCAUCGUCGGGCGCCGGCCCGAGGCCGCAGAGCAAUGGUCAAGGAGGAGGGGGAGGGGCGGGGCUAGGGAUGGCCAUGCCCCGCUCGGCCUCUAAAGUGACUGACAGGCAGGAGGAGCCCCACUCCAGGGUCACAUCACCCGGCCACACGCUGAGAGACACCAUGGCGCUGGUGGAGGAGGGCAGCGGCAGCCACACAGGGGCCGCCAUGAAGAGGACUGACUGUCUGGCCAAUGAGGAGCUGCUGUCGCCCACCAACUCCCGCCUCUCCUCCAGGGUUGCCAUAGAGAUGAAAAGCAGGGUGCCAUCUGUCACCAAAGAACUCACUUCUCCCAACGAACUGACAGUCACACAGGCCCACUCAGAGGACCUGGGCCGGGUCAGCAGCCCCGGGAUAGCUGGGCAGACCAUUUUACAUGAGGGGCUGAAAUAG